UGGAAAAUGUGCAAGAAGGCCUUUUCCCCGUUCUUUAACCCGAUUUUACAAUUCUCUUGACUCUUUGCGAUGGGGGAGCGGGAAGGACCUAUUUUAGACUGGGACUGUUCACUUGACCAAGCAUUUCCCCUUUCUUUAUUUUUGGACCCUUAAAAAAACAAACAAACAAACAAAAAAAACAAGUCGCCAAGAAACAGAUCCUAAAGGGGUGGAAGGGGAAGUUGUGAUUACGGCAUCUCGAAAGGCCUGUAAAAUCCCGCUUCCUCAUUUUAAUCCUUUCUUUGGGGGGUUAGGAUCUUUUUUUAAAUGUGUAUUUUUGUCGGAGUGGGCCUAGAAUGAGGUUCAGAACAGCAGAGGGGGCGCUAACGGAUGCUGCUUCUGCGGGCGGGCCGGCGGGAGGGAGCUCCGGGUCGGGUCCACGCCGGCCGCCAGGCGGGCUCGGAGUUACAAGGGCGCGGCUGCGGGCGGGCCCCGGGGAGGGGCUUCGCGGAGGCGCCGCGGCCCGAGGCGAGCGGGGCCGCCCGGGCUCGGCGCGCAGCGCGGCCCGGCGGGCGGUGGCGCUGCGGAGGCGGCGGCCGAGGCCGGCGGGCGCGGAGGAGGGGCCCGAGACUGGGGCGACCGGCGGCAGCUGCCUCCGUGACGACUGCCGGCAGCGCGGCGGCCUGAGGAGACCGAGCCGCGGGCCCCGGCGUCGCUGCCUCUCCUGGCUGUCUCCUUCUCCUCCUCUCGCGGCAGGGGCGUCAGGAAUGGGCCCCAGCCGCCGCGGGCCCCGCACCCUGCGCCGCCCGUAGGCCCCAGCAGUCGGAGGCCGGCCGGCCGGCCUCUC